AUGCCAGAGGUACGUCGUUCUGCCAGAAUUAGAACAAAAUCAACUCAAACAACUUCUGAUAAUGAAUCUGACAACGAACAAGAUGAAGUGACACGUUCUAUCGAAGCCGAUGCUAGUACUAUCUUAUCUGACGACUCUGCUGAAAGUUCUAGUGACUCUGAAAAUGAUGAUGUUGGAGAUGAGGAUUAUCUUGAAUUGGCGUCUAAAUCAAGGAAGAGAAAACCAACUGGUUCAUCUGCCAAAAAACCAAGUGCUAAAAGGUCUAAGAAGACACCGAGCAAUAAAUCUCGGAACACGAAUAUACCUGGAAAUAAGAAAGACCAAGAACUUUACUUGGAAAUAGUAAAGGAAUUCAAGCCUACUGAUUUAUUGGAAAUCUUAGCGUCUUCAGAAGAUAUAUCCAUCGACGAACUGUUGCGAUCCUGGUUAGAAAAGUACAACGAUAACCGAGAUGCCUUCCUUCAAGAAUUCAUCAAUCUACUGUUGAAUUGCUGCGGUACAGUGGCAAGGGUAGAAAAUCAUGAUGUUCACAGUAACGAAUCAUCGAACGAAACAAUCGGAGAAGUACAGUUAAUGUUUCAAAGACAAAAAAUUCACGAGUUUCAUCUUUUAUUGAGUAAAGAACACAAAAGAAAAUCUAAAUACAAGCCAUUGUACAACAAUUUUGUGGAACUUAUGUCCAAAUUCCUAGAUGUAGCAGGUGAUUUACAACUAGUUUCUGUUGAGUCAACAAAUGAAGAAGAUGAUAGUCCAGAGAUUACGAUGGGUCCAUUAAUUUUAGAUUUAUUAACUUGGUUAUCCGCACUUUCUGUCUCAAACAUUCGAUGCUUUAGAUAUAUCUCUUCUUUAACGUUAUAUCUAUUCCAGGACUAUUUGACAGAACAGGCAGUAAAUUUAGACAAAAAAUAUCUCUCAAAAUUAACCAAGCAAUUAGCCUUAGAAGAAAAGAAGAAAAGGCCAAAUAAGAAGACAAUUGGAAAGCUACAAUCAACUAUAGCAGAAAUACAAGGUAACAAAUCUGUUAUUCAAAGUAUUAUUGAUAAUAUUGUAAAGUUGUGUUUCGUGCAUAGAUUCAAAGAUGUGGAUGAGUCGAUUAGAUCUGAAUCAAUGGUACACCUAGGAACAUGGAUAAAGAAUUUUCCCGAACACUUUUUAAAAGUGACAUAUUUAAAGUAUUUUGGCUGGUUGCUAAGUGAUUCAUCUUCAAACGUGAGACUAGAAGUACUCAAAGUACUACCGGGCCUUAUUUUAACUAAGCGUGGAUGUGCAGUUGAUAACUCAGUGAUAAGACAGUUUUUUGAAAGGUUUAAGAAAAGAAUACUAGAAAUUGCGAAAAAAGAUAUUAAUGUAGAGGUUAGAAUACAUGCAGUAACUAUUGUAUUGGCUGUGGUGCCAUUAGGUUAUCUAGAUGAUCCUGAGAUUUUAAGUAUAUCAAGCCUAAUUUUUGAUGAUGCAGAUCUCAAAGUAGCAUCAGCUAGUAAAGGGAGCAGGUUUUUGGCAGCUGUCGCUAAGUUCUUCACCGAAGUAGUUUCUGAAAAAUGUGAAGAGUCAAUUACGGAUAGUGAUCUACCAGAUACCGUAUCUGAAAUGAACUCAUCGUCCAUUGUAAAAGUUGGUGUUUUUCUACGUCUAUUGAACAAUUCUUUUAUGGUGCACUUACAGAGUUACACAAAUCCUGUUAAUUCUCAAAAGAGAGUUCAUCUUAUAUUUCAGGCGGCUGAAUUUCUUUCACCAUAUUUUAGCUCCCAUAUUGAGGACAUCUGCCAAUUACUUAUUAAGGAUGGUAUUUCAGAAGAGCUUUCUAGUCGCUUCAAUACAGAAGAUAUUCACAUGAAUACUUCAUCCGAUGAUACGAAUGAUCUUCUUGAUAUUACGCCACUAUUCCCAACUGAUAAUAAUAGCACCAUUUUAUAUGUAAUUGUUCUCAACGGACUUUGUCAAGGAGGUGUUGAUGUAAACAAAGUACAAUUGAAAUCUAAGGUCUCAGAUAUAAUUAUCCCCAACCUCAAAAAGUUGCUGCAGACUCUACCCAUGCACUCUACUGAUAUCCUUGCCCCAAUAUUGAACCUUUGUUCGCUUUUUAGUUUUGAAGACUGGAUUCAUGUUGGGCUAGAGAAAAGUAUUCCAAAGAUCAUGGAAUUAAUUAUGAAAUUAUUCAUGGAAUCUACAUUGGACUCCUCUAAAAAUGAUAUGAAGUUUCAAGUAUUUACCAAUGUUAUCGAACAUUUUAAGAGAUUCGAACUAAAAGAUAUUGAUGAAAUUUGUUUAAAUCAGAUGACUCAUUUGAAAAUCCAAUUAUCAAAGUAUCUACAGGAAAAAAUGAACGAUAAUAACGAUAAUCUAGAAGACAAUAUCAAUGAAUUGAUAAUCACACUAUAUGAAAGCUAUAUUAAUAAAUUAAAUCUUCUGGGAAAAGAAUACAUGUUGGAAUUUGAUGAUACUCUUUUAAAUUUGUUCAUGAGUAACUAUAUAAGCCGUAUCCCCUUUAUGUUUGAACGCCUUGGCCGAGAGACUAUCAAGGAAGUGAAUUUUAAUGGCUUAGUUUUGUUAGUUACCUGGCAAUUACAAAAAUGGAACAAAAUCAUCGAAACUACGCCAAAUGAUUCGAUAGUUGAAGCUCCUAUGCAUACAAUAAAGUCUAUCGCUAUGAUCAUUGAAACUAUUAACGAAGUUCUUCUCAACUUGACUCACUCUGAAGAAAAUGACACCAACGAAUUCUUAAUUAAGUGGUCUUUAUCAAAUGCAUUGAUUGAUAUCAUUGUUGCACUAAAGAUUUUCGAGGCAAAACUAUCAAAUUCACAAACCUCCUGGAAGAAUGCAUUAGCUUCGCAAAUACCAUAUUAUUUACAUCCUACAAACAACGAUCUCUUCAUGGAUGUAUUUUUACACUUGGAGAGUCUUUGUGUUAGCGAUCCUAGUGUCCAGUUGACAAGGUUGGCUCAAGAAGAUGUAAAUUUGAAUGAUCUUCCUAAGGAAGAUAUAUUUGAUGGUCAAUAUGAAAGAGAGUUGCUAUUAUUUACGAUAAAACUGAAGGCAUUAAUUAAGUUGGAUAUCCUACGAGGUGAUAUAAUAUCGAGGAUUGCUCUAAAUGUGGAUAAGUUAGGUCCUCUGUACUCAAAGAUUAUUGAUGAUACGAUCUUUUUGCCAAGCAAGGAAGAGACAUUGACGCAAAGAAGGAAUAAAGGAAAUAGUGAACCACUUGCGAAUACUAAGCAAUCUGCAAAUGACACCCAGGAUGAAAAUGAUGCUUUUGAUCCUAUCGACUCAUCCUCGCAGCCACCAAGUACAGGAGAGCAGGAUAGUACUAGACGCCAAUAUGAAGGUCUAGAACCUAUAGAAGAGCAAUCUCAAGAAAUCUCCGCAGAACCAAUGAACAUACCUAUGAAAGAUGUGGACGGUUUACCACACGCUAAUGAAAGUUCAGAAAUAUGA